AUGGAGUCGGCGCAUCUGACCCGAGCCCACGAGCACGUCCGCAACGCCCAGACGGCAACGCUGAGCAGCAGCAUAGCCACGGCCGGGGACGAGCACCACCACGCCGCCACCCUCUUCCACGAUGCCUCGCAAGACACACACAACGCCGAGGCCCUCCGCAUCCUCGCCCUGCUCGAGGACCACCACCGCAACCUCGCCGGGCUGAUCAAGGAAGCCCCGCGCAAGACCGACAAGAGAAGCACCACCACCACCGCCAAGCGCUCCGAGAGCUCCACCACGGCGCCCUCGAGCAGCACCGCCGCCUCUCGAGCCCGCGAGCCCGCCGCCUCGUCGCCCAGGACGCACCGCAGACUGCCGCAGCCAUCCAUCGCUAGCAACCUCGCCGAGAAGCGCGGCAUCCCGAGCGCAAGACGCACCACAGCCGCCACAGCCGUCACAGUCUCCGGCGCCAUCGCCGCGCCCGACACCCACGCCACCCCUGUCCGAGACUUGCUGGAGAGACAGUCGCGCACCUCAGACCAGAGCAGGUCCACGGAGCUCGGGAAGCCAAACCACCCACCGCCGCCUUCCGACCCACCGCCAGAGGACAACUUCCGCCGCUUCUACUCUGCCUUUGGAGGCGUCAUCUCCGCCAUCUCCGCCCCUCUGGCCUUCACCUCGCUUCCUCUCCAUCCCACGCCACCAACCCCACCGCCUGAGCCCCCCAAGGGCAACCACUCGCCCAGAGCAACGUCCCGCAACUCGUCACCAGAAGCCUCCCGAACGGUCAAGUCCUCUGUCCCCGACCUCGCUGCCCUCAUCAGCAAGCCAGCGCUGAGGGCGCUACGCAGCGAUGGCGGCACCCCUCUCAACCCCAACGAGUCUUUCUACCUCGUGCCCCCAUCUGGUGGCACCGUCACGUACGCGAGCAUGCUCCAGGGCUCGGCUACCCAGCCACACCAUCUCAACCCCAGCGACCAAGGCUCUGCUUCGCUCAAAGGCAGCCAAGACGAGUUUGUCGAUGCACAGGAGAGCGUGGGUCCCCCCUCGCCCACCAGCGCCCGGCGACCGCGCUCACGCAGCUCUGCCGGCCAAGGGACCGCCCAACGAAACAUACCCGCCGGCCGCGGCACCGGCCUCAAGACGCUCGAAGAACUGGCCCUUGAAAACGAGACGCUCAAGGCCCUCGUCGACAAACAAGCCAAGCGCAUCCAAAUGUGGGAAACCAACUCGCAGAACCAAUUCAACGCCCUCGCCCAAUCCUUCCGCGCACGCCCCCCAGCACGAAUCCCCAGCGACCCCAGCGCCCUCGCCCACGCCCUCUCCCUCGGCGCAAACGCCCUGCCCGCCCUCCCCUCCCCUCCCCUCCCCAGCAGCCACAGCAGCGGCACACACGCAGGACCCGCUCCCCAACCCCCCAGCCCCGCCUCCUCGGACACAGCCAAGCAGCUCGCCGACCUCGAGGCCCAGCUCGCCGCCCAGACGCACCGCCUGCAGGACCUGCGCUCCACAAACGCCCAGCUGGCCCGCCAGUCGGAAAAGGACAAGCUCGUCAUCGCCCGCUACCGCGAGCAGUGGGAGAAGCUCAAAGCCGGCGCUCGCAAGAAGGAGCUCGAGCGGAGGGAGACGCGCGUAGCCACGCCCAAGCCCGGGGACCCCGCAAAGGACCGCGAGAGCGCGGAUCCCCUUGCCGAGGGAGACGAAGAGGACGUCGAUUUUGGAAACCCGUAA